CAUUUAUUUCCCAGUCGGUGGUAAUAUAACGGUUUGAUUUUUUUGUUCUAUCUAUCGCUACGUCGUAAUUGCUAUUUUAUAUAACAGCAAUUGUCAAUGGAUACAUCCUCUGAUUCGGAUGGUGUCCAUUCCUCUGGUUACGGGCAAAUAUCAUACGGCCCAGGUUACGGCGAUCCUAUUAAGUCUCCUUCGCGUCACUCGGAAUCGUCUAGCAGUGACAGUGUCGAUGAACCACGUACCAAACCUCAUCAUAAGUUUUCAAUAGAUCGUAUCUUGGGACGGUUUAGCGCCAGCGGAAAUGGUGUCGCCGGUGCUGAACCAUCGGACUCGGAAAGGCCAUUCCAAAACAAUUAUCUUUUUUCAGGUAUAGAUAGUAUAGCAGAACUUAAUAGUCAAAGCUUUCCGUAUUCAUCUCUAUUAUACGGCGGAUGGUUUGCUGCCGCGGCUGCUGCAGCGGUUGCCAAUAAAACUCCACCGUCUCAUUUAUUUGGUCUCCAAGCACCCAAAACGGUGGGCCGAAGGUCCAGAAAACCAGGGUUGGAUAGAAAACCGAGGCAAGCGUACAGCGCAAAACAACUAGAAAGACUAGAAGCUGAAUUUAAAACGGACAAGUACUUGAGUGUAAGCAAACGGAUGGAACUGUCAAAAGCGUUAAACCUGACCGAGGUGCAAAUUAAAACGUGGUUCCAAAACAGACGAACCAAAUGGAAGAAACAGCUGGCAUCAAAGUUGAAGAUCGCACACAGACAUGGUUAUUUCCAGCCGGUACAGCAUUACGCCAGCCUGUUCGCACCACAGUGUUAUUUCCCACCCACCAGCGGAAAUGGGGGGACGUCCCAAAAUUUCAACUGUGUGCUUCCACAACCACCGCAAACACUACACGAUCCAGCAGACCUCAGCCGUUCGUUCGAUCAAAUAUCCAAAACGGAGGAACAUCAUCGAUAAUAGUUUUUAACCACACACGUGUGUACUUACUUAAUAUUAGUGAUUUUUAAAGAAAACGUAUUCGUCGUCGGUAUAAUUUACCGAUAUUUCAAUGCACAGAUGUCAGAAGUGCAUUUUUUUUUUAAUGUGCAGGAACGGAGUUUUAAGCUUCAUAAUGCCAUUUUGCUAGUCCCGGGAUGGCCAAAAUAUAGUGCUUUAUCGACUGAAUACAAAAAAA